GUCGCGCGCGAAGGGGGUUUUAAGCUUCGACUCCGCGGGAAGCCAAAAUGAGGCCUGUUUUCUGCGGAAACCUGGAUUUUGACGCGCGUCAAUCUGACGUCGAGAGGCUCUUCAGAAGAUACGGCAAGGUUGAUAGAGUUGACAUGAAAUCCGGAUUACUUGGAAAGUUGGAAUGUCCAUGCUCUUCUUGGAUGGAUGUGCUUCUCUGCAUUUCUUUUCUAGAAUGUGCCCCAGCUUCUCCUUGUAUUUUUCCAGAAGAAAUAAUCUGAUCCGCCCUAGCCCUGCCAUUCUGCAUUUCCUCAGCAUUCAUUGCUUUUUCAUUCCUCAUGACUUUUGCUCAGUGUUCAAUUUCCAACAUGUUUCAACAUAGAAACCAUGAUGAUUUGGCAACUGUGGCAGGGUUUGCUUUUGUCUACAUGGAAGAUGAACGUGAUGCUGAGUAUGCCAUAAGAAGGCUAGAUAGAACGGAAUUUGGUAGAAAGGGACGUCGGAUUCGUGUUGAGUGGACUAAGCAAGAACGUGACAGUAGAAGGUCAGGUGAUGCCAAAAAAUCUUCAUCUAAUUCAAGACCAUCCAAGACUUUGUUUGUUAUAAAUUUUGAUCCUGUUCACACCAGGACAAGGGAUCUCGAGAGACAUUUUGAUGUCUACGGGAAAAUUUUAAAUAUAAGGAUCAGAAGGAAUUUUGCUUUUAUUCAGUAUGAAACCCAGGAGGAUGCUACAAAAGCUUUGGAAUCGACCAACCUGAGCAAGUUUAUGGACCGUGUUAUAACAGUGGAGUAUGCCAUAAGAGAUGAUGAUGACAGAGACAGAAGGAAUGGAUACAGUCCUGAUAGAAGAGGUCAUGACUCUCCUGAUGGGAGAUACGGUCGUGGUAGAUCCCCUAGUCCAUAUCGUAGAGGUAGGGGUAGCCCAGAUUAUGGUCAUGGAUCAAAUCCAUCUUCCAGACCAGAACCAAGAGGAAGCCCGAAGUAUGAACGAGCUGAAAGCCCAAUAAAUGGGAGAUAUGAUAGCCGGUCUCCCCCACCUCGAGAUAGGUCGCGAUCCUGAGGAAAAAGCUGAAUAGAGCUGUCCGAAAUUGUUGUUAGACCAUUUUAUUUUCAUUUUAGUUACUUUAUAUAGUCCAUAGUUUGGCAGCAAGAACUAGUGUUUAUUGUAUUUACUCCUGUAUGGUUAGAACCUUAAUGUGCAAUUUGCGUAAGACAUUUUAAAUGUUAUGUUGCUAAGAAAUUAUUUUCUUAUUUUUGGUUAUUGUACUUUAAACCGAAGUAAAGUUAAGUCUUAUCUUCAUUGCUUAUGAUUCA